AUGUCAACAACAGCGAAGAGCAGCAGUAAACCACUGCCCAAAUCCAAAGUACAAACUUAGAGUUUAAUAAUGAACGUCAAUUAAGCUGAUUAAAUGCUUGCAAAUGCCAAUAUUAUCAGUGAUGCUGGUGGAAAAAAUUAGAUUCAAAUGAAAUCAUUUUUGUUUCAAGAGUCAAGCAAGUAUCAAGACACUAGUCUCAAUUCGUAUCAAACUUCCUAAAUCAGUCAGGCCUCCAGACCUAAGCAAGACUUGAACAAGAAUUAUCAAACGAAUAAUCGAAAUUAGAAUCAGCCAGCCAACAUAAAGCAAGGUCAGAAGCCGAAUAUCACAAAUAAAAGCCCCUCUCCAGGUAGAAUUAUUCCUAUGAAGCAAAUUAAGAUUGUCCAUUCUCCCUAGCCGAGUGUAAGCAAUAAUAACAUAAGUAACGUAUCACCAUUACUUUACGCUAAAAAUAAUAAAAAUGCCUCCCCAAAUCUGACUCAUCAACCCAACAACAAAGCUCACUUAAAUAUUAGCUUUGGAGUGCAAAUCUCACACUUUGAAAAUCAGGAUGCAGCAUCAGUGAAUAAGAGCAAUUCAUAAUUUGUGACAUUAUCAUCAUAGUAAUCUACUUAACAUCAGCAAUUAAAAGAAAAAGCGCAUUAGAGAAGGAGAUCGGGUUAUAGUUCAAGAUAGUAGUCAAUAUAUGAAGCUCCACAAAACCUCAACGUCUCCAAAUUUGAAGAAGCAGAUGUUCUUAGGUAAGAUGAGGAAGAAGAGGAAUGCCAUAUUUCAGAUGAAAAUGAUGAAAAGCCAAAGUCAGUAGCCCCUCUCUAGACCUAAGAUAAAAAACGUAUAAGUGAAUUAGAUGAGGAUUCAAACCACAGAUUCUUGAACCAGGAUACAUCAAAAGUAAACACAACUGCAAAUAAUACUCCAAUGUUAUAAAAGUAAACAUUGGAGGAAUAACUAAGGAAAAGCCUGACAGACUUUUGUGAAAAUACUAAAAACAAUCCUAAGAGAACCUCAAGAAAUAGUAAAAGUAGAAAUAAUCAGGGUCCCACAAUGGUAAACGAUAUGUAAACAGCUAGUGUUUAGAUAUUCUAACCAGCAGAUCUUCUAACUGAACUAUCCAAUCAAUAAUCUCUACCCUCAACAGGGAGCAUUAUUCAUUCUCAUACUCCUCUUAUCAAUGAUGGUAAAAGCUUCUUUCUUAACAAGGUAAAAACUAACACUAACAAAACUGUCAACCUAAAUGCUAACUUUGCAACACAGUCAACAACAAUAACCUAAUCAAACUUAAACCAACUUGAUCGAUAAACAUUCCUAUUUAAUCCAACUAAGUCAUUUACAAAUCAAAAUUAUAAUUCAUAGAUGAAUCAACUAAAUCCAGCUCCCAGCCAUAGAUCCAAUAGUAAUAAUAGCGGCACAUUUGAUUAAGAAAUGAAAAAGCAUGGAUUGAUGAAUGAUCUUAAGAAACUUGAUAGCUUUAAUUAAUUCAUAGAAAAACAUUCACCUCAAUAAACCAGGUAAAAUUCUUGUAGCUACAUUGGAGAUAACUUUGGCGGAGAUGGUAGUUGUGAUAGUUUAAGAAGUCCAUAUAUUCAGCAAGCUAAGUUUAAGAGAGCUGGAAGUGGUGAUCUUGUGCACAACAAUAAUCUUACUAAUAGCAAUUUUAGUCUAAGUAACUUCUAAAAACUUGAGGAUACUCAGCAAGAUAACAGUAAAAAUUAGACAGGGUUCUAAUUUCCAUUCCAAAGAAGAGCACGAAGUAACAGUCCGCCAAAGCAGGUUAUAGUAUAAAAUGUAAUAUAGCAAAAACUAAAUGAAUGCAUGAGUCCCUCAAAUAAAGGAGUGCUUGGAGGAAACUUCAAUGGCAGUAUUAUAGAAUCACAGAUAUCUGUUGAUCAGAGCUGUUAAUCUGUAAUCAUUCAAAAUAUAGGAAAAAGAGCUGGACCUAUCAAGGUGUAAUAGAAUGCUAAUUUCUUAUUUGGAACUAAUAAUCAAAAUAAUAAUAACAAUAGCUUAGGGUAAAACGAUUGGGAUUUCAAUAAUUUUGUAUCUGGAAAUAACAAUUAAGCUGCCCUUAAUUCAUUACUUUAGUCUCCUAAGUAUCAUCAACUAGCUUAGGCAGUAUAAAUGUAUUUAAAUGGUGAUUAUCAAAAGAUUUUGGUAUAAGAGUAAAAAGAUGGUAAUGAGUCAAGUGACGAGUUAGCAGAUACAUCAUGUGACCCUGACUAAAUGAUGAAACACAGUCAGGACGUUGAUGAAUGGCUACUUGGAGGAGCAAGUGACAAUAGUAAUACCUUUUUAAAAUCAAAUUCACAGCAUAGAUUGAUGGAUCAAGAUAAUGAAGACUCAAUUAUAAUGAAAAAGAUUGAGGAAAACAGGAUAAAGCAGCAAUAGUCAAACGUUGAAAAAACCUAUAUAAUUGAUGAUAUCGAUGAAGUAGCUCCCUAAGAGUAGUAACAACUAGAUAAAUAUCAAUAGCAGAAAGCAUACAUACAAGACUUUAAGGAUAGGAGAGUAACCACUGUGGUAGAACAGUAAACAUGGGAAGAUAUGGAAGAUGACUAUGAUGAGUCUAAUGAGCAAAAUAUACUAAAGUAAUAUGAACAAAUGAGAAAUAGUUCUUCAGGUGAUAAAACUCUUAAGUCAUUUGAGGGAAGCACUAACAACUCGCCAGAUAUUUAAAUACAAUCGUCUGAGUUCAAACUUGGAUCUCUUGGAGUAAUCAAUGAAUGCUAGGAAAAUGUUAUAGAUGAAAAUGAAGAGCUUAUUAAGACCUCAGAUCUAGCAAAUUAUGGUGGGAACUAGUUAGAAUCCCAAAGGUCAAUGACUAAUGGCAAAAUGAGUCUUUCAAAUUCUUAAUUGACAUCUGACUCUUGCAAGGUUAGGGACGAUGAUGAAGCUAGCUGCUUUGAUGAUUGGAUGUAUAAGACUUUUGAUAACUCGAAAGCAUUCAAUAAAGUCCUCAAAAGCUCAGCUUCUAGUUCUAAGCUCUCAAGCACACUUUAAUAGCCUCUUUAAUCUCAAGUCAAAGGCAGUUUAUAAUAGCUGAACAAUAAUAGCCGUAAUGUUCAAUCCCAGAUGAACUAGCAUAAAUCGCAGUAAACUCUUCAGUCCAGUAGUUGCUAGUAAAUUACUACGAUUUCAAAAGUUGAGGCACCUAAGGAGUUGAUCAUCAAUAAUAAUUCUUCUAAAAAAGCAGGAUAAACUUUUGUCUCACGAUAAAAGUAAGACAUCCCAGCAACUACAAGUGCUUUAAAGAAUAUCACCACAAAGCAAGAGCAAGAUAAAAAUAAAAUACAAUUGCCAAGAUAAUCACCAAGAGAGGUGAAAAUAGACUUGGUCAUUCUUUAGAGCGACUAAGGUAGUGCUUAGUCUAAAAAGCAAUAAUAGCCUGCUAAAAAUGAUAAGAAGCCUCCCACUUCAACAACAAGUUUAAGUGGACAUUAGCCAAUAAAGAGAAGCCCAACCAUCAAGAACAACAAAGAGAAUAAAACUGGAUAAAAUCCAUUGUUAUAUUCUUCAGUUUCCUAAAACCUAGCCACUAAAAUGGAAAUAAUUCAAUAACCGAAGCAAAGUCAACCCAACAAAUUUAUGAGUAAGAACAAGUAAAGCCAAUCAUAAUCAUGUUCAUAGCAAUAGCAUGAUAAAAGGACUUCAAGCUAGAUUAAUAAAAAAUAAUCUGAGCCCUUACCUUCUUCUCAACAUCAAUCAAAGCCUUAGUAGCCUCAUCCGAAACAACCAUCUCCUAAAAAAACUUUAUCCUCAUAAUAACUACAUUAGCAAUAGCCACCUCAGGUACUAUCUGAUAAAUUAUUCUCGCCCACCUAAUAAAAUCAAUCUGCUAGUAAUGGACUGGCAACGAAUUCACUUGCAGGUAGUCAUAAACGCUAGACCAGUGGAAGUGGACACAGACAUAGACGUACUCAGUCUACUGCAUUUGAUCCGAAUUUCCUUGAUCAAAUAAGGAAUUCUGAGUUCGAUCCAUCUCAAAUGCUAUGA